CUUAAUUAUAAUCGUCCUGUAAUUGUCCAUUAAGAUGCAAAUCCACCAAUAUUUGAAAAGGAUUCCCCACUUUAGCUUGUCCACCAAACUCUCAAAUCUAUACCUCUAAUUUUUGUUCACUCUGCAAAACUCUAGCAGAUUCCCUAGAUUCCCUGAUGAAGGGCUCAAAUUCAAUCUCGGAGAACGAAAAGAACAGCAAUAUUGAUGUUCACAAGAGAGAAGACGAUUCCGCUUCUCAUAAUUGGCCUAGUUCCAUAAGGAUCACGGUUUCACAUGGGCAAAACCUUCACGACGUCGUUGUGCCCGCUAACUCUACUUUUGGGGAUCUGAAAUUAAUGGUUACCCAAAAUAUUGGUUUGGAUCCUGAGAUGCACAAGCUCUUGUUCAGAGGAAAAGAAAAAGAAGAUAAUGAACAUCUUCAGUUCGCAGGUGUGAAGGACAUGUCAAAGGUAUUACUCAUGGAGGAUACGACAUGCACAGAGGAAAGGCCUGUAGAAGUUGCACAAACAAGUGUGGUUUCAAAAGGAGGUGCUGCUGUUGCUGAAAUCAGAAAAGAAGUUGACAAGCUUUCUGAACAGGUGUCUGCAUUGCAAGUUGUUGUGGAUGGUGGAACCAAGAUUGAUGAUAAGGAUAUUGUUUAUGUAACAGAGAUGCUUAUGAGACACUUGCUUAAAUUGGACGGCAUUGAAGCUGAAGGAGAAGGGAAAGUGCAAAGGAAGAUGGAGGUGCGCCGUAUCCAGAGCUUUGUGGAGACAAUGGACAUCCUUAAGUCAAAGAACUCCAAUCCCUUUAGCAACACCGACAAUUCUGUUUCAGUUUCAACUGAGUGGGAGACGUUUGAAUCUGGUUCUGGAAGUGUAAAUUCCAUGCCCACUGGACCAUCUUCUACUAAGGUAAUUCAGGAUUGGGAUCAAUUUGGCUAGUCCAUUUCUGGAUUGUACUAUCACAAUUCACAAAGUCCGGAGUACAAAAUGCAUUAAACACUUGCAUUGUUUUGAUAUUCAGAGGCUCUAGGCCUAGUAAAAAUUUUGAUGUAUAGACCAGUGGUUAUUAUUACAUAUCAAUCUCCAUUGAUGUAAAUUGACCUUAUCCAUUCUUCCUUUCGAUGCUUUAAAGAGCCUUAUAUCC